GAAGUGGUUGGUGGUAGUAACUUGCUAGCAGGUGUUGCAUGUCUCUUUCAGUUCUCAUUUUAAAACCUGUAGCUGACUGAGGUAUUUCUAUAAUGACGCAUGGAACUGACACCAUGGUGCUUCUUUUCCUGAGGUGUGCAAGAAUUUUCACACGUUUUCUUGUGGACAUGUGGCUUUCUUCCCCGUUCCCACGGCCACAUCCCAAACAUAAAAGAAUUUCUUCACCCUGAAUAGCUCUCAUUUCUGCUUAUGAAUGCAAUUGAGUUUCUCUGCUGUUGUUGGUUUUUAUAGAAUUUUGAGUCCAGACUGACUUUUUAUCCAAAAGGCCAAGGGGCAAAUAAGAGCCACGGUUUAACUUAACUUCAAUUUCACUCAUCUCCACUAUGCUUAUAAUGCAAGACUUAAUUAAAACUAAAUAGUCCUCCUGCAGUACCCUCUGUGUAGAAUUUGAGAGCAUUUUAUGGACGUUAAUUAAGCUUGAGCACUUCAGAUAACCAGAAAAUGCUACGAUCCCCACUUUAAUGAUGGAGAAGUGGAGCUUCCUCGUGAUUUCACAGGGGGGCUGGCAAAACCAGGAAUGGAUUUCAUGAUUGUGGUCUUUAACCACGGGCAUACGUUGUUUACUAGAUAAGCUUAUUCUUACACUGAGUCUCAGUUCUGUGUGUGCUACCGCUUGAUGCUGUUAUGGUUGAUAAGCUGUGCUGCUUUUCAGCCUACUUCAUAACCAUAUUUGCCUUAGCUCCCCCCUUCUUUUGCAAUCUUAUCACGCAAAUGGUGUAAGCAAUUCCUUUUGUAUUGCUGUAUUCUGUCUCAGUGGAGCUUUUGAUGGAUUACUCACAGCGUGCACCCGGAAUGUGUAGGCACGAAGAACUAUGUGGUCUCUAUAUACUAUGACUGCUACCAGUUAUUGACAUCUCAUGAUAUGCAUAGUUUUCCUGGCUGUAAGUUUUGAUACUCGGAUAAUAUGCUAAUGGUUAAUUAUGCUGUCUUCUGAAUGUGACGGAACACGAACAACUGUAUUAAGUUCUAAAAUGGGCUUUUCCUUUUCCAUGCACCUUUUGCGUUGGAUGUUUAUUCAGCUGGAAUUCACUGCAACUGGCUCUUCCAACACAGACACGGGCAAGGCUUCAGGCAGUCUAGAGACCAAAUAUAAGAUCAAAGACUAUGGACUUACAUUCACCCAGAAAUGGAACACAGACAACACAUUGGGAACAGAGGUUUCCAUGGAGGAUCAGUUGGCUGAAGGAUUGAAGGUGGCUCUUGACACUACAUUUGUACCAAACACAGGGAAGAAGAGUGGAAAGUUGAAGACCUCCUACAAAAGAGAAUAUGUAAAUCUAGGCUGCAACAUAGACAUUGAUCUCUCUGGACCAACCAUCUAUGGCUGGGCAGUGUUGGGCUACGAAGGCUGGCUUGCUGGCUACCAGAUGGCUUUUGAUACAGCCAAGUCUAAGCUUUCGCAAAAUAACUUUGCCUUGGGAUAUAAGGCAGGAGACUUUCAGCUGCAUACUAAUGUGAAUGAUGGCACCGAGUUUGGUGGGUCUAUUUAUCAGAAGGUUAACAAUAAGGUUGAGACAUCAGUGAAUCUUGCAUGGACCGCUGGCAGUAACAACACGCGUUUUGGUAUUGCUGCCAAGUACCAACUGGAUGAGAAGACUUCCAUUGUGGCUAAAGUGAAUAAUGCCAGCCUGAUUGGAAUUGGUUACACUCAUGCCCUCCGACCAGGUGUAAAGCUGACCCUCUCGGGCUUGAUCGACGGCAAGAAUUUCAGUGCUGGAGGUCACAAAGUUGGGCUGGGAUUUGAGCUGGAAGCUUAAUGCAGCUUUAAGUAGAACAACAGGUGGUGCUCUGGAAGAUGAAGGAAAAGUGUACCCAGUGUGUUUCGGCCUUAAUAUUACUCUGAAAUUUCAAGAAGUGUGAACUUUCUACUCUUCCAAAGAAUCAUUUUAACCCAACAUUGAAGUGCAGAGAGUGCCAGCACAUCAAAGGAAGAUACUUGAAGGCAUGCAUGGAAGCUGUGAUGUUUGUGCCACAUUUCACUUCAGUCUCCUGUAUUUUAUUCUGUUCCUAAAAACAGAUGAAAACCCCACCUCUCCCCACCAUUAUUGUAUUGCAUCCUGCAUGUCCUAUACUUCACAACCUGUUACAAAAGGUGGUCUCUGCUGUAGUGAAAACUUGGGUUUACAUCAGAAUGAAAUAAACUGGUCACAGUUGGAACGUGA